GCGAAUCUCAUCAGUCCCUCAGUGUCAGAGAUGCCGUCCGCCAUGGGACCCAGCACUCCUGCUGCUGCCCUGGCCGAAGCGCUGGAGAGCUCUGGUCGGAUCAUAGACCAACACCUUCAGGAAGACCGCUGCUUCCCUGACCUCUCAGAGCUUCUUAAUGUCCCCUCUCACAGUAGGUCAAGUGAUCAGUGGUAUAAGUUUGUAUGUUCAAGUUUGUCAAAUCUAUUUAUCUCACAGGUCACUCUAUUCAUAAUACUUGGCUGUAGCCUUCUUACUGUGUCUAGGGAGACUACAGCCACGUCUCGGGGCUUACUUCACUUUCCAAAUUGUGCUAAGGUGAUUUCCCCCUCUGUGUUGCAGACAUGCCAUCUUUGUCUGGGGGGUCGGACAUGGACUACCCUCUUCAGGAACCUGGGCUGCUCAGUGUGCCAAACCUCCCUGAGCUCAGUGCAGUCCGCAGGGUUCCCCUACCUCCUGAGCUGGUGGAGCAAUUCAGCCGUAUCCUUUUCAGAGAAUACACAGAGGGAACUGUGUCUAGGGAAAGAUCUCAAUUGCAUACUCCUUGCGUCCUCUCUCCUUGUCUCCUUCUCAAAACCCAUUGGACUAGAAAGCCAGGGUUUUGAGAAAGAGGCGAGGACGCGAUGAGUAUGCAAUUGACAUUCUCCCUAGGUCUCACCCGUAGAACUCAGAAGUGCCGGUGCAGGGUUAUAUGAACUGUGUCUAUGUAAAACUAACCACCACUUCAAACAAGUUGCCUAGCCCUUAACCUCCCCCUAACAGAUAUGCAGUGCAAUUGUAUGAUGGGAGUUUUUCCUGAAAUCUGUCGGGCGUGGCUCACCAUUGACAACGAUAUCUUCAUGUGGAAUUAUGAGGAUGGGUGAGUACCAAGCGCUCUGAAAUAGUCACUUUAUGCAGGAGCAGUAAACAUGGACCCAUUUUCCCUGUCUCUUGUCUGUGCUACAGGGGGGACGUUGCAUAUUUUGACGGCCUCAGUGAAACCAUCCUGUCCGUGGGGCUGGUCAAACCUAAAGCAGGUAAAAUUGCAUGACUCUUUUACCUGAGCUAUUUUUCCUAUAUUCAAAGUCACAUCAGCUUUGUAGGUGUUUGGCUUAACUUAACCAACAGAAUCACAUUUUUCCCACAGGGAUUUUCCAGCCACACAUCCACUUCCUGUUGGUCCUAGCCACUCCUGUGGAUGUGGUGAUCCUGGGGCUCAGCUUCCCUAAAGCUCAGGCAGGUGAGUAAUGAUGACCCUUAUACCUGAACCACACACUAUACACAAUACAAUACCCCUGGUGUCAUCAAUUCAGCAUACAGUUAUGAAAUUGGUUGAUUUGGUUGUGUUGUUGGUAUUAGUAUUAACCUACCAUGGGCUACUUCAGAAAUCUGUCAUCUAAUCUCUCUUUCCUCUAUUCCUCUCUCUCUCUCAGGGUUGAAUGACAGCAUGUCUGGAGGGAUGCAGUUGCUCCCAGACCCGCUGUACUCCAUCCCCACAGACAACACCUACCACCUGGCCAUCACCUCCACCGAUCUGGGACGCAUCUUCCUGGCAGGGAAAGAUGGCUGCCUGUAUGAGGUAGCCUACCAGGCCGAGGCAGGCUGGUUCAGCCAACGCUGCAGGAAGAUUAACCACUCCAAAAGCAGCCUGUCCUUCCUCGUCCCCUCUCUGCUCCAGUUCUCCUUCUCUGAGGACGGUAAGGAUAGUUUGCAGGCACCUUGUGGAGUUGGAACUUUCUUUUGUUAUGCUCUAGUUCUUAAAUUAAAUUUGACAUCACUUUAUUAUCUUUGUGCUCCACAGACCCGGUUGUGCAGAUUGCCAUUGACAACUCUCGUAACACUCUCUUCACCCGCUCAGAGAAGGGGGUUAUACAGGUAUACAACCCAUAAGAGUUUAACAAUUGGAAUGGUAGCACUGUAGUAAAUAUCCAUAUGUUUGAGGAUUUGCGGAAUAGGACAUUGCAUUGGUUAGAACUUUGUCAGACAUUUGAAAAGGUUAUUCUAAAUAGGACAUUGAGUUUAAAGCUGAUGUUGCGUGUUCCAGGUGUAUGACCUGGGUACAGAUGGGCAGGGUAUGAGCCGUGUGGCGGCCAUGUCACAGAGUUCUAUCGCAGCUGCAGCAGGAAACAUUGCCAGGUCUGUCUGCUACUCCUCACCUCUGGUUAAUAUCCAGAGGGCCAGUGAGUGGUUCAAAUGGUCAAAGGUUAUCACUGCUCGAGAACAGGUCAAAUUAAUCUCUUUGUUAUUUUGUAUCUCUCCCUAUAGGACCAUAGAUCGCUCUGUGUUUAAACCCAUCGUACAGAUCUCUGUGAUAGACAGAUUUGAGUCCUCCGACUGCCACCUGCUGGCUGUCACUCACGCAGGUAAGGAGACGGACUGACAUUAUUUUCAUUACAGGAUAAGUGUCUGCAAAGACCUAAUGAAGACCUUACUGUAGCGCUCUAUCUCUGCUUGUAGGAGUGCGUCUCUACUUCAGCACUACUCCCUUCGCCCCACCACAUGCCAAGCACCCAGUGGCACGCCCUAAUCUGCUAGCUCUGGUCCAUGUCCGCCUGCCUCCAGGCUUCUCUGCCUCCUCCACCCUGCAGAAGCCUGCCAAGGUCCACAAGGCUCUGUACAGCAAAGGUAAAGCCACUCUGAAGUCUAUAUGCUAUCCUGCAGUGGAGGCUGGUGGGAGGAGCUAUAGGAGGACAGGGUCAUUGUAAUGGCUGGAAUGGAACAGCAUUAAACCCAUCAAACAUAUGAAAACCACAUGUUUGACUCAGUUCCAUUAAUUCCAUUCCAGCCAUUACAAUGAGCCCAUCCUUCUAUAGCUCCUCCCAUCAGCCUCCACUGCUAUCCUGUUAUAAUUGGUCCUCAAGCAUCACCCUAUAAGUUAAAGGGUCAAUCUGCUGUUGCUACAUACAUUUUGGGACUUAAAAAUGUAUAAUAUACCAACUGAUUCUUAAAGAAUAUAACCUAUAAAUGCCUCAUGAACUUAGUUCAACUGUCAUACCCAAUCAGAACCCAAAAUAUAACCUUGUUUUUUUCUCCACUGAUUGUAAACAAUGUAAAUGUAAACACUGUAUAGCCUCAAAACAUGCUUAAAACUAUACUUGUAAUAUCAUGGAUGGUCAGUCCUUGCAUCCAUAGCGCUGUCUAUUAAUUUGAGUGGUUACAUUUCUCCAAGCCCAUCCCUUAGAAUUUUACCAAAGCGGAGGCGGGGUGUCUGCUUUGUUAGUGAUUCAAUUGCAGAUUGCCCCUUUAAAGGUUUACUCAUGUGUUGAUCCCUACAGGAGUUCUCCUGAUGACAGCGUCUGAGACUGAGGACAGUGACAUCCUGUGGUGUAUCAACCAUGACUCCUUUCCCUUUAAGAAACCCCUGAUGGAGGCCCAGGUGGGAGCUGAUGGAGUUAGGAUCAUAGUUAGAAAUAUUACACAGGAUCCACUUUGAUGUCCUAUCAAAACCCAGCUUACUUUGCAAUGCAUACGCUAUGAUUUUGAUUUGUCUUUUUUUGCAUUUGUUUGACUUCAAAGAAUGUUGUAGCUCAUUGUCUGUGUAUAUCAUUGCAGAUGAUGUCCAAUGUAGAUGGCCACUCCUGGGCGCUAUGUGCCAUCGAGGAGGAGAAAGCACCUAAAAUCUCUACCCCCCUGAAUAAUGAUCAGGUUCCCCUCACUGCCUCUCCUGUCGUGGUGCAGCAACACAAUGUCCCUCCACAGAAGUUUGUCCUUCUUUCUGCCAAGGUACAGUCAAGAUUUUACAGCUUAGUUUGUACUGUAUGAAUGGCACUGUACAUUCACCCAGUCGAUAAAACUUUUUCAGUCCUGUCUGUAAUUUAGUGACCAAAGGCACAAAUCUAUAAAUGUGUUGUUAAUCAUGGUCUUCCAGGGAAGUCACAUCUUCCACAAGUUGCGGCCGGUGGACCAGCUGCGCCACCUACUGGUGAGCAGUGCUGGUGGAGAGAGUGAAGAAGUCGAACGCUUCUUCAAACUGCACAGGGUAUAAAUCUCUCUCUCAUUACUCCCGGUCUUGUUAGUGCAAGCUCCCCUACACACACUCUCUCACUCUCUCUCUGUCUCUCUCUCUAUUUCUCUCUGUUUAUUGAUCUAAUCCUCCCUGCUCCCCUCAGGAGGAGCAGGCAUGUGCCACUGCUCUGAUUCUGUCCUGCUCCAGUGCUGCCAGCGACAGAGAGGUGUCACAGUGGGCCACCAGAGCCUUCUUUAGAUAUGGAGGAGAGGCUCAGAUGAGGUUCCCCUCGUCUCAUUCUGCUCCUAGCAACGUUGGAGCGCUUUUCGGCUCUCCUGUACCAGGUGAGGGGCAUCUGAGGAAGGAUUUCUGCUUGCAGCAUUUUAGCAUCAUACGAAUUCCCAUUCGUUGUAACAUACCAGUGGCAAUAAUGUCGUAUUGGAAAUCCCUUGUGUAAGUUAUACAGAGUGCAGUGCCAUUAGACUGCUGAUGAAUGAGAAGUUGUCUGUCUGCAUCACUUGUCUCACUCCCUGCCUGUUCUUAUAGGUUCCCCUAUGCCUGUUGGUAGCAGCCCCAUGCCUAACCCUAGUUUCCUAGCUACGCCGGCUCCAGGUACACAACCCUCCUUUCCCUCCAUAUGUUUGCCGAGUGCCAUGCAGUCAACAGUACUCAACACACAUCAGUGGAGGCUGCUGAGGGGAGGAUGGCUCAUAAUAAUGGCUGGAAUGGAGUCAAUGGAAUGUGUUUGAUACCACUCCAUUCCAGCAAUUAUUAUGAGCCGUCCUCUCUGAAUAUUGGCAACAUUGAGUGAUUACUCGGGUAGCUUAGUGGGUAAGAGCGUUGUGCCAGUAACCGAAAGGUCGCUGGUUCUAAUCCCCGAGCCGACUAGGUGAAAAAUCUGUCUGUGCCCUUAAGCAAGGCACUUAACCUUAAUUGCUCCUGUAAGUCGCUCUGGAUAAGAGCGUCUGCUAAAUGACUUAAAUGUAAAUUACUUAAGAACAUUUGAGUGUUUUAAUGUCAGUGUGUGUGUUUACCAUUGACAACAAUCUCUCAGGUAUGAUGACCCAGAGUGUGUCUACGCCCUAUGUACCACCCUUGCCCUCCGCCCCAAUCACUGGCAUGUCCUCUGGGCCAGAGGUGGUCUUCUCAGGGAAACACAAUGGCAUCAGUGUCUACUUCACACGCAUACUGGGGUGAGUCACCUCACCUAGACAACGUACAGUACUCAGGCCUCACCUCCAUACUGGGGUGAGUCACCUCACCUGGACAACGUACGGUACUCAGUCCUCACCUCCAUACUGGGGUGAGUCACCUCACCUAGACAACGUACUGUACGGUACUCAGGCCUCACCUCCAUACUGGGGUGAGUCACCUCACCUAGACAACGUACUGUACGGUACUCAGGCCUCACCUCCAUACUGGGGUGAGUCACCUCACCUAGACAACGUACUGUACGGUACUCAGGCCUCACCUCCAUACUGGGGAAAUGCAAUUUUCUGGCAUGGUGUUUAAAGGGAUAGUUCACCCAAAUUACAAAAUGACAUUGGUUUCCUUACCCUGUAAGCAGUCUUUGGAAAAGGUAUGACAUCAAUCCAUGUUUUGGUUUAGUUAUUAUGAGCCGUCCUCUCUGAAUAUUGGCAACAUUGAGUGAUUACUCAGGUAGCUUAGUGGGUAAGAGCGUUGUGCCAGUAACCGAAAGGUCGCUGGUUCUAAUCCCCGAGCCGACUAGGUGAAAAAUCUGUCUGUGCCCUUAAGCAAGGCACUUAACCUUAAUUGCUCCUGUAAGUCGCUCUGGAUAAGAGCGUCUGCUAAAUGACAUUGGUUUCCUUACCCUGUAAGCAGUCUUUGGAAAAGGUAUGACAUCAAUCCAUGUUUUGGUUUAGUAGGCACAAAUCCCAUUCAAGUCAUGUGACUAAUAUUAGCAUUUUUUUUAAUUUGGGUGAACUAUCGCUUUAACUUUAUACUGGACUCAGAAACAUUACUCAUAUGUUUCAGUUAUGUCAUGGCUUGAGUGACUUCACUAAGUUAACUUAUCAUUAUUGAUUAACAGUAAUAUCUGGGACGGGAGUCUUGCUGUUGAGAAGAUAAUCAUUAAAGGAAACCAGGCUGUCAGUAUUGUGAGUAUUACAUAAACAGCAAAUUACAGUCUUCCUUUGCAAAUUAAUUUGAGGAUGAAGAUGAUAAUCAAUCUCUCUCCCAGUUGGAGAGCACAGCCUGCUCAUCUGAUCUGGAGUCAGUUCUUCUGGAGCUCCGUGGUCUGAAGGACUUCCUGGAUAAGAACUCCCAGUUCAGCCCCUCAUCUCUGGGUGCAGCCAGGUAAGACAGACCCUUGGGCCCUGCUUCUCCCCGUGUGUGGCCAAACCCUGGGCCGGCUAGUUUAUAGGAAAUAUAGCUACACUUCUAUGGUCAUCGGGUGAAAUAAAUACAGUUUGAAUAGAAAGUUAUGCUCUACAGUUUCAGCUCCCCAGCCAAUCUGCAGCAGCGGCUGCUAGGUUUCAUGCGGCCUGAUGGAGGAGCCAGUUCUCAGCAGGAACUCCAGAGGAAGUACCACAGUAAGUAAUGUGUGGGUGUUCGGUAAACUGACUUCCAAAUCAAGGAGCAACCAGAAUUACCGCAGGAUCUGAGGAUCAUCAUAACACUAGUAAGAACACACUGUUCUUGAAUUAUUUUGUGGUCUCUGUGACUGUCUAAACCUUAUUUCUAUCCCCUCCUGCCCCGUCCCCAGCCGAGGCUCAGGUCUAUGAGAAGAUGUCCCUGCAGUGUAUCCAGCAGCUGGUGCAUCGCUCCUGUCAGACCCUGGCCCUGUGGAAGCUGCUGUGUGACCACCAGUUCAGCCACGUCAUCUCUGAACUACCCAAGGUCAUCUCCAGAUCCAUGACCUCUCUGGCGACUGGUUUCCCGGACACAGAUUAACCCUAGUCCAUUCUCCAUUGGGACUGAUUUUUUUUAUCUAGGACCAGGCUUUAAUCUGUGCCCGGGAAACCAGCGCUGGAUAUUCAGGAUGGGCAGGAAUACAUUGUGCUGUCAAUCACUGACUGAUUCAUCCCAUUUGUUUAAUCAUCCAAUGUAUAUUUGUGAAGUCUUUUGUCAAAGAUGUCUCUCUUGUAUCCUGUUUAUAACCCCUGUGUAACUUGUGUUCUAGGAGUUCCAGGAUCAGGUGAAGGGGGUGAGUUUUAAGGACGUGGUGAUCCGGGGUCGGGAGCUGUCCGGAGCCCUGAUCACAGCCCUCAUCAACGUCUACAUCAAAGACUCUGCCUCUGUAGAUUCCAUUAGCACCCACCUCAGAGACAUCUGCCCCCUACUGUACAGCAAUGACGACAGCGUCUGCUCAAAGGUAGAGUAUACUCACACACACUGACACAUAGUUUUUUAUUUGUCUAUAUGACAGGGACGAUGUACAACAGACAUUGCAUCAGAUUUUGGCUACAAAGCUCAUUCUUAUCUGCAGUCCAUGGGUAAACUUUGAUAGCAUCCACUGCCCUCUUUUCUCCCUGUAUAACAGUAUCUGAGAUAACUGAAUGUCUCUCUCCCUCCCAGGCUAAUGAGUUGCUGCAGGGCUCCAGACAGAUCCAGACUAGGACAGAUAAGGAGAGAACACUGAGAGAGUCACUACAGCUCUACCAGCUGAUCAGCCAUCACACAGACCUGCCACUGGUCUGCUCCCAGUACAGACAGGGUAAGGCUGCCCAUCACACUGGCCUGGAGCCAGUAAAAACAUGUCGGGCCAUUGGAUCUCGUCUGUCACUGGCCCGACCAGGCCAGUAACUUGUCAGUGCAUUUUUGCGAUCCAGUUCAACAUUUACCUGCUCUGUUGCAGUCUGCCUUUGAAAACCAUUGAAGAUUACACGCGGAAAAGUCAAGCUAUUUGUAUUUGAGCAAUAUGAUUGGCCGUUUAUUCAAGCACCGCCAUGCUCCCGCGAGUCACAACUACUCGAGACGUACAUGAGUUGAUGCCGUCAAUCUACUCGCUCAGCUUAUUUAUUUUAGCUUUGGAACGUGAUUUACAAAAGUAAACCUUUAAUAGUGAACAUACUAGCAAUAUGCUGCCUACUGGUGAUAGUCUGCAAAAGAAAGCUGCAAAAAGACAUCUAGCAUUUGUCUCGGCUAGCCUACUGUAGCUAGGUCUAGAUCUUUUUUGGAACACAGUUGUCUUAAAGGGGCAGCGUCCUAUUUUGAGAUGUAUAAAAAAAUAAUCUCGAAAUGACACUUUAGAAACAAAAAUGAAUGCAAUUAAUACAAUGCAAUUCUAAAGAAUCCAGUAAUGACUUGCGUUGCAAAAUUAUAUUACACAGAUCUUUAAUACAUAUCAUAAUAACCAAAUGUAGCCAAUAAUAGCUGAAUAUAGAGAGAAAGCAUGCCAACCUAUAGGCCUUGCAUGACCCCAAUGUAUUUAAAAACUACACCAUGUCCGGGGCAGUACACAUUAUUUUUGGGCCAGUAAGAAAAUAAGUUAAAGGGAAAUUUUACGAUUUUUCAACUUCAUAGUCAUAAUCUCCUGCACCACCCCAACAUCAACAUAUGUGAAAAUAGCAUAUUUCUAUGUUUUGUAGUCGAAAGGAUAGAGGAAGAUAAGUGUUUCCAAUGACAUCAUUGCUUAAAAUCACAUGAUGCACACUGAUGUCAUUGGAAACACUUACAGUUGAAGUCGGAAGUUUACAUACACUUAAAUUGGAGUCAUUAAAACUAGUUUUUCAACCACUCCACAAAUGUCUUGUUAACAAACCAUAGUUUUGGCAAGUCGGUUAGGACAUCUCCUUUGUGCAUGACACAAUUCAUUUUUCCAACAAUUGUUUACAGACAGAUUAUUUCACUUAUAAUUCACUGUAUCACAAUUCCAGUGGGUCAGACGUUUCCAUACACUAAGUUGACUGUGCCAUUUAAACAGCUUGGAAAAUUCCAGAAAAUUAUGUCAUGUCUUUAGAAGCUUCUGAUAGGCUAAUUGACAUCAUUUGAGUCAAUUGGAAGUGUACCUGUGGAUGUAUUUCAAGGCCUACCUUCAAACUCAGUGCCUCUUUGCUUGACAUCAUGGGAAAAUCAAAAGAAAUCAGCCAAGACCUCAGAAAAUAAAUUGUAGACCUCCACAAGUCUGGUUCAUCCUUGGGAGCAAUUUCCAAAUGCCUGAAGGUACCACGUUCAUCUGUACAAACAAUAGUACGCAAGUAUAAACACCAUGGGACCACGCAGCCGUCAUACCGCUCAAGAGGGAGACGCGUUCUGUCUCCUAGAGAUGAACGUACUUUGGUGCGAAAAGUGCAAAUCAAUCCCAGAACAACAGCAAAGGACCUUGUGAAGAUGCUGGAGGAAACCGGUACAAAAGUAUCUAUAUCCACAGUAAAACAAGUCCUAUAUCGACAUAACCUGAAAGGCCGCUUAGCAAGGAAGAAGCCACUGCUCCAAAGCCGCCAUAGAAAACCCAGACUACGGUUUGCAACUGCACAUGGGUACAAAGAUCGUACUUUUUGGAGAAAUGUCCUCUGGUCUGAUGAAACAAAAAUAGAACUGUUCGGCCAUAAUGACCAUCGUUAUGUUUGGAGGAAAAAGGGGAUGGCUUACAAGCCAAAGAACACCAUUCCAACCGUGAAGCACGGGGGUGGCAGCAUCAUGCUGUGGGGCUGCUUUGCUGCAGGAGGGACUGGUGCACUUCACAAAAUAGAUGGCAUCAUGAGGAAGGAAAAUUAUGUGGAUAUUUUGAAGCAACAUCUCAAAACAUCAGUCAGGAAGUUAAAGCUUGGUCGCAAAUGGGUCUUCCAAAUGGACAAUGACCCCAAGCAUACUUCCAAAGUUGUGGCAAAAUGGCUUAAGGACAACGAAGUCAAGGUAUUGGAGUGGCCAUCACAAAGCCCUGACCUCAAUCCUAUAGAAAAUGUGUGGGCAGAACUGAAAAAGCGUGUGCGAGCAAUGAGGCCUACAAACCUGACUCCGUUACACCAGCUCUGUCAGGAGGAAUGGGCCAAAAUUCACCCAACUUAUUGUGGGAAGCUUGUGGAAGGCUACCCGAAACAUUUGACCCAAGUUAAACAAUUUAAAGGCAAUGCUACCAAAUACUAAUUGAGUGUGUGUAAACUUCUGAUCCACUGGGAAUGUGAUGAAAUAAAUUAAAGCUGAAAUAAAUCAUUCUCUCUACUAUUAUUCUGACAUUUCACAUUCUUAAAAUAAAAUAAAGUGGUGAUCUUAACUGACCUAAGACAGGGAAUUUCUACUAGGAUUAAAUGUCAGGAAUUGUUAAACUGAGUUUAAAUGUAUUUGGCUAAGGUGUAUGUAAACUUCCGACAUCAACUGUAUCUUCCUCUAUCUUUUUUUCCACACAACAUAGAAAUGUGCCAUUUUCACAUAUGUUGACAUUAGGGUGGUGUUGGAGAUGAUUAACCUCGGAGGAUCGGACCCUUUUUUUCAAUUUUCGCCCAAAAUGACAUACCGAAAUCUAACUGCCUGUAGCUCAGGACCUGAAGCAAAGGUAUGCAUAUUCAUUUACAUUUACAUUUUUGUCAUUUAGCAGACGCUCUUAUCCAGAGCGACUUACAGUUAGUGAUUACAUAAUUUUUUUAUACUGGCCCCCCGUGGGAAUCGAACCCACAACCCUGGCGUUGCAAACGCCAUGCUCGAUCAACUGAGCUACAUCCCUGCUGGCCAUUCCCUCCCCUACCCUGGACGACGCUGGGCCAAUUGUGCGCCGCCCAUGAGUCUCCCAGUCGCGGCCGGCUGCGACAGAGCCUGGAUUCGAACCAGGAUCUCUAGUGGCACAGUUAGCACUGCGAUGCAGUGCCUUAGACCAGUGCACCACUCUUGAUACCAUUUGAAAGGAAACACUUUGAAGUCUGUGGAAAUGUGAAAUAAAUGUAGGAGAAUAUAACACAUUAGAUCUGGUAAAAGAUAAUACAAACAAAAAAACAUGCGUUUCUAUUUUUUUUGUUCCAUCUUUUUAAAUGCAAGAGAAAGGCCACAAUAUAUUGCAGUUUAGGCGCAAUUUAGUAGUGUGUGUGUGCAAAGUUUCAGAUUGAUCCAGUGAAGCAUUGCAAUACUGGACUAUUUUGUAUCAAGUCUGCCCAAAUGUGCUGAAUUGGUCAAUUGAUACAUUUUCAAGUACAUAACUAUAGAGAACAUACACAAAUGAUAUGGUAAUACAAAAUGUAAGUUUACACACUCCCAGGAAUGUCAUACAUGAUGGAUCAUUAGCUUAUACACUUACUAGAUGGCCGGGCGGGGUGGAUGUGGACCCAGAGACAGCAGGGGUUUAAACUGUAGAAACCAGUUCCUACAUUUGAAUAUAAAAAUGGAUUUUAUCAAACAAAACUAUGCUACAUUUUAUCUCUGGGACCCUUAGGAUGACAAAUCAGCACAAGAUUACUGAAUGUAAGUACAUUAUUUACCUUCAGAGGUGAAUGUAUCAAACCAGUUGCCGUGAAACGUUUUUUGUUGUGCACUCUCCUCAAACAAUAACAUGGUAUUUUAUCACUGUAAUAGGUACUGUAAAUUGGACAGUGCCAUUGGAUUAACAAGAAUGUAAACUUUCUGUCCGUAUAAGACAUGUCUAUGUCCUGGAUAGUUUGCUGUUACUUACAACAGUCAUGCUAAUCACAUUAGCGCACGUUAGCUCAACCGUCCCGUAUACGAAACACCGAUCCCGCAGAGGUUAACAUAAAGUUCAACAUUGGACCCUGCUAAUACUAUUUGAAAUGUCCCCGUCUGUUAAUGCUUAGUGUGUGGGUGGAUGCUAACGAUGUUUCUCUCCCUCUCAGUGCGUUUCUAUGAGGGGGUGCUGGAGCUGUGCCUGACUGCAGCGGAUAAGAAGGAUCCUCAGAGGCUGGGACCUCACUUCUAUAAGAAUGGAGAGCCAGAGGAGGACCAGGCUGGAGCACUGGCCUUUCAGGAGAGGUAACCAACUACCUGUUUUACAUUGAUCAUAAGACUGUGGUAAUAGAUAUCUGCUAAGGCACAUAUGUCAGAGUCAAGGCCCGCGGGCCACAUCCGGCCCGCGAGAAGGUUUUUUACGGCCCCUGGGAUGAUCUUGAUUUAUUAUUAGAACCGGCCCGCAGACCGCAGCAAGCCGGCAGCCCGCAGAUCUUUUACACGCACCAAUACUACAUUUCCCACAAUGCAACGGUGACGCACCGAGCAGUAGGCUGCUUCAUUUCAAUAUUUAUUGGCACAGCAGUCGUCAGCAUCACAGUAAAAUUAACUUUCAGAUACCCAUCAAAAAUGGCAAAACGGAAGGUGGACACUGAGAACCGGGGGUUUCAAACAAGGUGGGAGUCGGAGUAUAUGUUCACGGAGGUAGCUGGAAAACCUGUGUGUCUUCUGUGUGGAGAAAGUGUGGCGGUACUGAAAGAGUAUAAUCUGAGACGACAUUAUGAAACGAAACACGCGGACAAAAACAAGAAUAUGGACAUGGAACGAUGGCUAAGCCAGGGAAAGGUGCUUCAAAGAUGUUUCGAGCUUCGUGAGGAGAUUUGUCUGUUCUUGGACAGCAAAGGGAAAGACACAACACAACUCCGAGACGAAAUGUUUCUGUGUGAAAUGGCUUUUCUGUGUGACAUUACGAGUCAUCUGAAUGCAAUGAACUUGCAGCUGCAGGGUCGGGAUCAUGUCAUCUCUGAUAUGUACAGUACAGUGAAGGCAUUUAAAACCAAACUGACUCUGUGGGAGACGCAGAUGCGGAAAGAAAAUUUGAGCCACUUUCCCAGCUGCCAGACCAUGAAAGAGAAGCUCUCUACCAGUGCGUUCCCGAGCGCACAGUUGGCUGAUAAAAUAGGUAUGCUUGCCGCUGACUUUCGACGCCGAUUUGCUGACUUUGAAGCACAAAAAAGCAGGUUGGAACUGCUCGGUAACCCAUUUGCUGUUGACGUGGAAAGCUCACCACCAAACCUCCAAAUGGAGUUGAUUGACCUCCAAUGCAAUGAUGCACUGAGGGCAAAAUAUGCGGCAGUGGGUGCUGCGGAGUUCGCCCGUUUCCUCCCCGACACAAUGCCCCAGCUGCGCAUCCAGGCUGCUCAAACGUUGUCUAUGUUUGGCAGCACAUACCUGUGUGAACAACUGUUUUCUUUGAUGAACCUGAACAAAACAUCACACAGAAGUCGACUUACUGCUGAACACCUCCACUCAAUUCUGAGGAUUUCCUCAGCUCAGAGCCUUACCCCGAACAUUGAUGAACUUGUGGAAAAGAUGGGACACCACCAAGUAUCACCCUCAACCUCAAACAAGUGAACAUUACUGUGCAAUCACAUAUUUAGAGUUUUUACUCAGUUCAAGUUUAAAAGUUAAAGUUUAAUAUUUGUUUUCACUGCAUGUUACUUCUCCUUAAACAAAGUGUUGUUUUUGAUUAAUAGAUUUUUGCACUUUAUUUUAUUGUAUUUCAAUCCAAUUAUAUUUUAAAAAUAUUUCAGUUGAGUGGAUGAUAGAAAAUUGCUAUUAUUGUUUUUUUCUUUGAAGUAAAUUUAGCCCACUUUUGCUAAAAUAGAAAAUAUAGGCUACUGAUGGUGCCUUGAAUACCGGUUUCUUUCAUUUAAUGUUCAUGUUAUGGGGAUUUUUAUAUAAAGGAAAUUUGUCUUUUGUGUCUGUUGAAAAUUAAAGAUUACUGACAGAGCCAUAAGAAAAUAUUGCUUUAUUUAUCUGAUCAUAUUGGAAUAUAUUUGUUAGGUUUUCAGUAGGUUCAAUUAGGUUCACUAGACUAUAUGCGUCAUUUAAAAAAUUUUCAAUGAACAUUCGAACAGUCCGGCCCUCGGCUUGUAGCUAAAUUUUUUAUUUGGCCCUCCGUCCAUUUGACUUUGACACCCCUGUGCUAAGGGAUGUCCGGGCCCUUUAUUUUCUCCCUUGUGCUGACAUCGAUUGACCCCCCCCUUUAGGUUGUCAUGUUAUAAGUGCAUCACAGAUACCAUGCAGGAGCUGGUGAACCAGAGUAAAGCUGCUCCUCAGUCUCCCAGCGUCCCUAAGCAGCCAGGACCCCCUGUCAUGACCUCUGACCCCAACAUGCUGAGCAACGAGGACGCUACCGCCCACGUGAGUGCUGCAGGAAGGAGACUUGUCCCCAAUGGCAAUAGCAAGAUUUUGUUUUUGUUUGUUUCAAUUAAUGAAUAAGCUGUUGUCAUGAUGUUCUUCUCGUUCUCCCUGGUAGUUUGAGCAGAUUAUUGGUCUGGCCCAGAAGUCACAGGAUGAACUCUUCCACAUAGCCCUCUAUAACUGGCUGAUACAGGCUGACCUCACUGACAAGCUUCUGGAGGUAAGAACCUUCUGGCAUUGUCCCACAAUCACAGCCUGAGAUGCCUGGUUCUGAACUUGUAUGUUGGAUAAGUAUAAUUGCAUUUAACUGAUCUUUCAUUGUGUGGCCUGGUGGUUUAAUAUUAUCCUCCCUUCUCGCUCUCUGUGGUCUAUCCAGGUGAACUCUCCUUACCUGGAGGAACACCUGAUGCACAUGAUCAAACAGGAGCAGAGUAAGGUGCGGAACAUGGACCUGCUGUGGAGAUACUAUGAGAAGAGCCGCAGCUUUGGCAAGGCAGCUCACGUCCUGGCCAGGCUCGCUGACAUGCUCAGGUAAAAGGCCUAACACGCUAUGAGUCUUUAUACAUGAUGGGCCAUUUACACACAAUGGUCCUGUGUGGCUCAGUUGGUAGAGCAUGGUGCUAAGGAUUGAUUCCCGCUGGGGCCACCCAUACAAAACAUGUAGAAACUCAUGACUAUAAGUCGCUUUGGAUAAAAGUGUCGGCUAAAUGGCUGUAUUUUUUUAUCCUCUCCAACAAUCAUAUGAAAAUGUCCUCAUUCAUGUUGAUUCUGAGCAAUGUUAAAUAUGAGUAUGAACAUAUAAAGGUGUCUUUCUGUUUGUGCAGUACUGAGAUCUCUCUGAAGCAGAGGCUGGAGUACAUCUCCAGGGCCAUCCUGUCAGCCAAGAGCUCCUCCUGCAUCUCUGCCCAGGGAGCUGAGGGGGAGUUCCUGCACGAACUGGAGGAGAAGAUGGAGGUACGGAGAGGGGAGGGGAGAUUCUAGCCCUCAUCCUGAAAUAACUACUCACUGAUUUAUUAGGUUUUUAGAUUUUGCACCCUUUGAUACAGCUUAGAUGUCUAUUUUAACUAAAGCUAAUAUGGUUUGUUCAUCCCUCCCAGGUGGUCCGUAUUCAGGUCCAGAUCCAGGAUACUCUGAGCAGACAGUACUCCAAGCAUCCCUCUGUACAGGGAGCUGUGUCACAACUAGAUUCAGAGCUUAUGGACAUCACCAAGGUAACAGUGCAUGAAUCUCUAACAUUAUCCUUGACUCCAAUAGUUUUUUUUUAAUACCCCGUCAUUUGUCAUCCUAUCUAGCUGUAUGGGGAGUUUGCAGAUCACUUCCGUUUGUCUGAAUGCAAGCUGGCCAUCAUCCACUGUGCGGGUCACUCUGACCCCAUCCUGGUGCACUCUCUGUGGCAGGAGAUCAUGGAGACGGGUGUGUACAGACAAAUACACAUGGUAGCACCUGAUGUCAUUCCACGCAUUUGUGUCUGACGCUUUGGUCCCUUAGAGCUUUUUAUUGAAUUCUGAACUAUUUCUUAAAGGGAUCAUUUGGAAUUUUGUCAACUUCCCCAGUCAGUUGAACUCAUAGAUAUCAUAUUUAUGUCUCUGCGUGCAGUUUGAUUGAAGUUGCUAACUAGCGUUAGUGCAAUUGCAGAAUGCUAGCUGUUUCUGUAAACCAUAAAAAUGGUAUCCACAUGUUAAUUGGACUCUGGGGAAGUAGAUAAAGGGCUUCCAUUUCCAAAUACCCAAAAUAACUGUUAUUUUCCAUUUGUUCCAGAGCUGGGUGACGGUGUGGCCAUGAGUCCAGCCGACAGGAUGAGAGCUCUGAGUCUCAAACUGGUGUCUCUGGGAAAGAUCUAUGCUGGAACACCCAGAUACUUCCCUCUAGGUAAAACCACAGGUCUACUUUCCAUCUGUUCACCCCAUCAUUUCUCUGCAGAUUUUCCUCUAUGUAAAACAUCCCCACUUAGUGUAAUUACAUUAGCAGUUCAUGAAGUCAACAUGCACAGUAUUUCUCUAAGGUAUGUGUCUGUAAGGACUGGAAGUAUAAUCUGUAAUUGCCUAAUUGUCCACCAACGCUGUGGCCUGUCGUAGAUUGUCUACCAUUGGACUACAGAGAUCUGUUGCAUGUGCAAAUUGUUUAAUGUAGCUAGUUUAAUGUAAAGUACUGAUUGCUCUUCACUGUCUUGUGCAUCCAGAAUUCCUUGUGAAGUUUUUGGAACAGGAGGUGUGUCGUCUGAACUGGGACGUGGGCUUCGUCACGUUCACCAUGCAGGAGAUCGGCGUACAGCUGCCCCGUCUGCUGGAGGUCUACGACCAACUCUUCAAGACACGGGUAUAUCUCUCAAUUAAAUGUUAUUCAUCCCUGAGGGGCAAUUACUGCUGGCAGGCAUAGGAUACGAACAGUGGCGUAGCACAGUUUCGUGGGGCCCCCCGCAAGGUCCGAGCAAGGCUCCCCCCAACCCCCAAUUAUUUUAUUUUUUGAUAAUUUUGUUGCCUUGGGGCAGAGAAACAUUUGCAGUUUUAUAGCAUAUCUCAUGCUAUAUUACACAUUUUGCCAUGAGUCUGGGAGAAAAUGUUGCUAUUUUAGAGCUAAUUUCCUGCUAUUCUACACAUUUUGCCAUGAGGCUGAGAGAGAAUCUUGCCGUUUUUAAAGGUCAUUUCCUGUAAUAAAAAAAUAAUAAUCAUGGCUUAUGAUGUGUUCAUAUGCUACCCCCCCCUCUCUCUGUGGAUACAAAUAGAUAAAGAUACCCUUAAUAAUAAAGGGUUAUUAUGAAUUUCAGAUUUUGCACCUGUUUAACUUGAGCAUUAUUUAAUCAAUAAGGAAUGGUGCUGUACACUUAAUACUGAAUGUCUCGAACUCUGGAUGUGUGUCUCCCAGGAUCCGUGUUGGCAGCGUCUGAAGAAGCCUCUCCACCUGGUAGAGUGUAUCCAUGUGCUGCUGUCAGGAUACGUAGAGGAUCCCAGCAAAGUACCAACAUAUGACCGGUAACUAAACAACCACCAAGUGUGUUAACCUUUGCUGCUGUUUCCAAUAGAAAUACUAUUUAUUUGGUAACAUAUCAACCUGUUUACAUAGUAAUGAGAAUGUAAUUGUUUGUAAAAUGCAUCUAAUUGAUCUAAUACGCACAGUCUUACUCGUAUUUCUUUCUCUCGCUGUCAGACGGCGGUUCACUAAUGUGUGUCUGGAUAACAUCUGUGGUUACCUGGUGGAGCUGCAGUCCCUGAGUCCCAACUCUGCCCUGCAGCUCACCAUCGGCAACUUCAAGGCCCUGCAGGCCAAGCUGGAGAAAGUUCACUGA